AUGACAACAGAGGUUACUGGAACUGAAAAGAAAGGCUUCAAGUCCUUCUGUAAAUUUUCCAUAUUAGUCUAUGUUAUGAGCAUCUUCUUUGAUUUAAUUCAAAUUGGAUGCAGCUUGUAUUUGAUCAUUCCUUCGUCCACCCUACAUGGAAUUCCUGUGUCAGUGUCUGUAGUUGGUGCUAUUGCAGUAAUUAUCCAUUUGAUUGGGCUGAGUUUUCAAUGCAAGCCAGAAUCCACUUAUGGCCAAAAGUUGUUGCUUGGAGUCCUGCUAAUAUGUUUUGAAUAUCCUGUGGCAGCUGGCUUCGUCGUUAUUGCCUGCGGCGCCCUCGGAGAGAUAGCACUUCUCAUAAUGUUGUGUUGA